AUGGAGCUGGCGUCAAAGUCUCUACAAUCCGAUUUCUUGACCUGUUUUCUUUGUUCGGAAUUAUACGAAGAACCAACAACAUUGCAAUGCUUACAUUCGUUCUGCAAGAAGUGUAUUCUGAAAAAUAUUCAGCAGCACACUUUUGACGUUAACAAGAAAUGCCCAGUUUGCCAAGAAAGAAUUGAUGAAAACCUGCAAGAAAAAAACACAAAUAUGCUCUUGAAAAACCGAGUAGUGUUCUUUAAAGAACGGGCCAAGAAUUUAUCAAAUCCUAUUUGUGUACUAUGUAGACUCAAAUUUCAGAAAAGUACAAUGGCAGUUGCACAAUGCAUUAGUUGUUUGGAUUAUCUGUGUAAAGUAUGUUCAAAUUUUCACAAUAUGACAACUUUAACGAUAAAUCAUCAGGUGAUGUCACUGACAGAAAUAAAAUCAGGGAAGUAUGAUGACGCAAUCUUGUCUGUCAGGUUUAAAGUGUUUUGUCCUAAACAUCCGGACGAAGAAAUAAAGUUCUGUUGUAUACCGUGUCAUACUUUGACAUGUAUUCAUUGUUUGAUACUUGGAGAUAAGGGGCACGAAUAUAAGACUCUGGAUAUGUUAAAAGAAGAUAAAGUAAAAGUUGCAAAGAACGUUUUCCACAAACUGAACGAAAAGUUGAAAUCAUUAAAUCGAAGUAAAGAUUCGAUGGAAUCCGCACAGAACCAACUUAAAACACAGAGAAAAACCAUAGAGAGCAAAAUUAGAAAAAAGAGUUACGAAGCCCUGAGUAGAAUUAACAAAAGAAGAGACAAAAUGUUAAAGGAUCUAGAGGAUUUAUAUUUACCAAAGUCGAAAGGCCUUACAAUCGAGAUUAACAAGAUAGCUGCUCGAUGUAAAAUAAUAAAACAAGCUUUGCAAUAUGCAGAAUGUAUGUCUAAAGGUAUGAGUGUUGAUGUAGUUUUAUCAGUAGAUGAACUGAUAAAAAGGCUGGAGAAUCUUGCAGAAGAUGAUGAUGGAAAAUUCAAAAUUGCAGGUAUAAACACAGAAAUGUGAAACAUAACUCUGAAAGUAACUAAGCCCCUUGAACUGUUACUAGGUAGUGCUGAACGUUUCUGGAAGGAAAUGGAAAGAAAAUGUGGUUCUCCACAAGAUGAUAAUUCGUCUGACUUUAUUUGUUCAUUUGCUGAUAAAUCCACCCAAACUUCAGAAGUAGAUUUUGGAAUAUGUCAUGGGUAAUAAGAAGACAAUGAAAAGGAAAUAUGUUUUCAAUGAAAUAAAAAUAUAAACUUUUGUCUACAGACGGUGACCAACAUGAGCAAUUUUAAAGGGCGUUGUGUGGAUAGAAGAAAAUCAUUCCAUGGCAACAGAUGCGGAAAACGCCAAAUUGAAUAUGUAUUUUUUCUGGAAAAAUAUUAAAAACAUUCGCGAUAUUUGAACCAUUGGUAGUUUCCGUUCGGGCUGAAAGAGUUGCGUGCCUAUCAAAAGAUUACAAAAUGACAAAUUUUCACUUGAUCUAAAACCGCAGCAAAUCUUUCCUCAAGUAUAAAAUCUGUUUCCUUAUCUUCGAAAUUCAAACCAACAUAAAUAGAUAGAAAGCAUGACUAUUUUUAUUAAAAGGAAUGAUACACCAAUAAAAAUACCAGUGAAGUCGGCUAGUGCAGGCUAGCUUCGUUACGCUUCCUAUCUACCAGAUGCUUAAUUCUUUUGUUGUAUAAGAUCAAGCUAAUACAUGCAUUUAUAAAGAAGAUGCAUGUGGUAAAAUUUUCAACUUGCUGGAACGAUUCUGAAGCAAUUUUCUUUGACAAACAGUUAAGCAUUUUCAUUUCAUAUAAAUUACACGAUAAGCUUCUUGUUGCCGUUGAAUAUGGAUGUUAAAUAUCGGUCAAUGAUAUUAUUUACAAAUUAAUUUUGAAAAAUGUAAAUAUUGCAAAUUUACUAGCAAAUGCAUGAAUAUUUAGUAAAUCAUUAAAUUAUUUUAUGGGUACCACCUUCUCUUUGUGUAUUUAUGUUAUUACACUCAAGCGGAUAUAGUUUAUGCUUUUAGGAGCGUUUUACAAUCACUUCUUUAUAGCGAAAAAAUAUUUUUAAUUUUAUGAUGGAUUCAUAUACUUAGGAAAUAUUGUUUCCAUUGU